GUCCAAUCCCCCUCAAGCCCUAGCGCGCGACGACGUCACAAGGGGGGGAAAUCCAGUCGUGUCCAGUUUCCCGUCGCCUCCCUCGCUCCACUGCGCAAGCGUGCUGGGGCUGCACAAAUACGCGGCUACGGGCGGGGCAGGGGUGGAGAAGGAGGAAAGGGUCGGAGCGUGACGGCUGCACAGCCGCAGCCUUGAUUCCUCCCAUCCCCCUCCAGCGGGGUUGUGCGCGUUAGUCCCCCCCCGCGCUUCUCACAACACACCCCGUUCCCCUUUCUAGCCAAUCCCUUCCCUCGCCUCCCGGUGCGCGCUGACGUCACAAAAGCCUACCCACUAUAUAAACGGCCGGCCGUGUGGCCCCGCCCUUCCUGCUGCCUUUUCCUUUUUUUGGUGCCCCCUCGCAGAGGUUGAAGAGCCGUUUACUUCGUCGCGUCCGCCUUUCGCCGUCGCUGCAGUUGCCUCCGACCCGGGAAAAAGCGAAGCGAAGCGCGUCGUAUGUCCGCUAUCCAGAACCUCCACUCCUUCGGUGAGGACACCGGCCGGAGGGGGGGGGCAAAUAGGCAGGAAGCCUCAGGUUUCUGUGGGGCGGGCAGAAGGGGGGGGUCAAAAACGAGCCUGAGGGGAAACCGUUGGGGGUGGGUGUCGUCGGUUGGUCCUUAAGCGAGGGAAGGCCUCAGAGGAGGCGAACAGGCCUCUAAUGUCGGGACAAAGGGCGAGGCCCGAGCGGGGCCGGAACUAGGGCGAGAGAGAAGAGGCUGACUGGAAACUGCGGGUGAGGGAGGGGGGGGGCAUUUUUCGAAAAGGGACGAGGGGGGGGCGAAGAGUCUGGGGCGGAGCCAUGGCUGCGGUAGAGGGGGCGGAGCCUGUUUCCGCGUGGGGAGGGGGGACAAUGGGGGAGAGGGGGGGUAAAUGGGGAGGAGCCGCUUGACCGUGGUGUUGGGGUUUUUUUUGUGGGGCGGAGAGAUGCGUAAUGGAGGUUAAAGAACUUAGAUCGAGGUUGGCAUGAAGCCAGAAUAAUGUGGGGGGGGGGGAGCGAAAUACUUUUCGAUAGGGUGGAAAGCGGGGCGGGGGUCGCAUAUCCUUAGCCUGAGUUGCGGGGCCUUUUGGGGUAUUGGAGGCGAUGGGGGGGAGGGAAGUGCGUUUCGUAGGAAUUGAGGGGGGGCUUAGCGCAAGUAAUGGUUUUUUUUACUAGUGGGGAGGGGUGUUUUUCUGUUAAGAGGAUUGAUCGGCCACGGGGGCUGCGGCAAAGGCAGAUUUGGGGGGGGGGCGGGAAUCAGGAUGCUUGUUUCUUUCUGUGCGUCUCGGUGAGGCCCCGGGAUGUGGCGUUUGCUGAGCAGCCUCUGCCAUCUUCCCUUUUCUUCACUCUGUCUCUCUCUCUCUUUCUUACUCCCCCCCCCUUUACUGACGCAGUUGCUAAUUCUUGGCGGUUGCGUCAGCCGGAGACGAGGGAGGGGCUUCGGGACAGGGAGAGGCGGCUCGACGGGUGUCACGUGGCCCGAGAGGAAAGGGCCUGUUUUCAGGGCCUGCAAGAGGAAGAGAGCAAAGUACUGUGUAACCGGGUGUCAAGGAAGAGGCCCGCAUCAGUGGUGGAGUAACACUGUGGCUCUCAUGCCAACUCCUUUCCUUGUGGCUGAGCAGUUCAUCGAUGGCACUUUGUUUGGUGCAUAGUUCAUAGCUCUUGGGCUUUCGAACAAGAAUAUGAAGUGUUGUAGAUGGUGUUGAGAAGGAGGCAUUUUAAGCUUACCCAGCAACAAAAAUAAGCAUCUUUACGUUUUUAGCAAGGGUGCCAAGUCCUUUGUGUAGCUUUUAACACUUUCUUUCUCUUUCCAGACCCCUUUGCUGAUGCAAGUAAGGGUGAUGACUUACUUCCUGCUGGGACUGAGGACUACAUCCAUAUAAGGAUCCAGCAGAGAAACGGCAGAAAAACCCUCACCACAGUCCAGGGCAUCGCCGAUGAUUAUGAUAAAAAGAAACUGGUGAAGGCCUUCAAGAAGGUGAGUAGGAGAAGCUUCAAUCUUUCCCAGAGAGAACUUGGAGGUGUGGCAAAAGAGGCUUGUGCUUUGGUUGAUAGAAGGCGAUCUGUUUCUUGGACAUCUCAGUGUAUAUUGUGGCAAAGCUCCUCCCCCCCCCAAUAAAAUGCUCUGAGAUUUAUAUUUAAUACGUGAUUUUUAUAUCUGUAGAAAUUUGCCUGCAAUGGUACUGUGAUUGAGCACCCAGAGUAUGGAGAGGUGAUUCAGCUUCAAGGGGACCAGCGGAAGAACAUAUGUCAGUUCCUCGUUGAGGUAAGCAUUUCAAGGGAGUCCUUAAAGCUCCUGUUUGGCUUAUUGCUUCUGUUCUUGCAUUUUAAGAUUGGCAUAGGGUUGAAUAGGUUCAUGAUGGAUCGCAGCAACUGAAUUAAAACAAUCGCACAGCCUGUAAAGUAACUGGUUUUAGCUUGUGUUGGGGUGUGUGGUGGCUAUCGAGCUGGUGAGUUUUUAAAGACACUCUAUUGUACAGACUGCAUUCAUGAGUUGGUGUUUGAAGCCACAAUCACUUCUCUCUUUCCUUUUGCAGAUUGGACUGGCUAAAGACGACCAGCUGAAAGUCCAUGGGUUUUAAGUGCCUGUGGCUCGCCAAAGUCUCAAGGGGGCAGACUUCCCUGAGAUGAGAAAUUCCUUGUGCCCCGCAUCACUAGUUUAAAAACAAGCCAGCUUGCAUAAUGUAAUCGCAUCAGGUUCCCCUUAGUCUGGACUAGUGUAACUCAGCAAUGUAAUAAACUGACAAGAGCCCACGUUGUGUCGUCUUGCUGUUCCUCAUUUAAACCAGGCCCAGUUAUGGUGUAAAGCCAGAAGCUUAUUCUACACAAGACACUUCUGAUAAGAGGCCAUGAAUGUUUUGGCUGUGUUGGGGACUUUCUAAAAAACUUUCAGGCCACCAUGUCAUAGAAAUUGAGGCUAAUAACUAGAGGUGCUUGUCUGGAACGAACUGUGACACUAAGUGGCAGAGUGCAGAGCUGGGGUCUGAAUUGCCUUUGUACAUCUGAAGGAAUCUUCCUUCAAAGGUAUUGGGGGAUGUGGAAACCAAAGUCCCCGUUCCCAGACCGAUCAAUAGCAGACUCAAUCUGUGGCUUAAAGUUAAGGGAGCAGUUUUAAAAUAGGUUUGUCAUUGUGGAGUGCUGCUUUUAACAACUAAUGACCCUGCGAAGCAACAGCUUUCUUGGUUCAAGUCCUGAUGUUCUGUGAAAUGUAUUUAAACACUUAUUUAAAUAAAAAUGAUUUUCAGAAA